AUGUCAACCGUCGAUAUGCAUGCCCAACCUACAUAUACCGGUCUAAUUCCAAAUCCUUCCGAUGACAGUAGUGAAGACGAAAUUCAGGGAAAUCUUCAAUAUGAGAAAGCUCUCGGUCGAGCUCUUGGAAGUAGCAACUCAUCAACCGAGAUAGAAUCUUCCCUCGACUCGGAAGAUGAAGACGCAGAUGACGAGGGUGAAACUGUAGCAAAGCAUGAGAUCGAGGAGUGGGUUGCUAAGAUCGACCGCAAUGAUUUAUCUAUUGGUAUGGAGUCACCUGAUCAAAGGAGCCCAGAUCUCAGUAACAAUGACGAAGUCCCAUCUCCAAUUUCGGGAGGGUAUGAGGAAUUGGAGGACGAUACGAGCCAGGCUUCAGGCGAUGAGAUUCAGGGACGUACUCAAGAGGUUAUGAAGGAAUACGACGAUUCGACGAGUGAAGAAGAUGGAGAUUUCCAAGACUACCUCGCACGUCUACCCGAUUUCACAGACUCAGAAGAGGAAGAUAUCAAUUCCGGUCCUUUUAAUCCCCCACUUCGACACGAUAAAGGGGACGACAUCGAUCGUUCCGACGAGGAAGAUCAUGCUGAUCAUUCCCGCAGUCCCCUCUUCCGGAAAGACAUCGAAAGCGAUCUUGACGAGGAAGAUAACUACAACCAAGCUCAUAGUCCCGUAUUCCAGGAAGAUAGCGAAAACUCUCUUCGUGACCUUCACAAUACAGAUGUCGACUACCAACCUGGUAAUCCCUUAUUUCGGAAAGAAAUCCAAAAUGAGAUUGAUGAACGUUCUCAAACCGAUUCCGAAACGGAAACCAAUACUUUCUCAUCAAGCUCUUUCAACCGAGACGAUCAUGAAAUACAAGAUUCUCCAUCUCGUUCAAUCAACUUCAAGGAUCUCAAAUCUGAAACGCAACAGAAGAUUAGAGAAGAUCCACAUUUCCGAAUACUUUAUCAAGCGGUAUGUACCGAAGUACAUAAUACUCUUGCUCGAACACUUGAAAGUGUGAAAGCUGAUCCCACAAUCUCGACGGAUGGUGAUGAUAUUUUGAGUCGAUUCAUCAUGGCUUUUAAACAAGCGGCAGAGAAUGAUUCAAGCUUGAUGAUGGAUGCCCUCGAGUGA